AUGAAUAACUCUACAGUGAACUUCACCACAUCGGCAGCAUCUACAAACUCCACAACUCAAUUCAUAGUGGCACAACAGAUUAUGGAAAUAUGUAUGCACAUCACCAGUUUCCUCAUUGGUCUUCCUACACACUGCUAUGUUAUCUGGCUAAUCGUCACAGGAACAGGGAAUGGACUUGCAUCUGAAUUCUUUAACCUCAAUUACUCACUUUCUGAGACUGGCAACUGUCUGAAUAAUUUGUUCGUAGUGUUGACCUUUUGGGUUUCAGGUUUAAUAACAUUAAAAGAGUUUAUGACAGGAUUGACUAUCACCGGUCGUCCUCUGUUUCAGUGUCUGAUGUGUGUUGAGCGCUACAUGGCAGUGGUUCAUCCUGUAACUUUCCUGAAGUACAAACCUCUCAGAUAUAGAGUGAUCUGCUGCGCUGUGGCCUGGAUAAUCAUUCUUGGCAUCUGUUUGGUCUGCAUGCUUGUGAAACCCUCAAACACAAUGUUUUAUCCAUGGUUCUUUUUUAUACAGUUCCUCCUCUUCUUCUCUGUGCAGUUGUUUUGUCUUGUGGCUGUUCUCGGAGCUCUGAAGCAGUCAGGACCAGGAGAGAGAAAGAAAGAGGAAAACCACAUGAAGAGAAGAGCGUUUUACCUCAUUUUAAUUACUACUGUGAGCAUGGUAAUCACAUACGUGCCACUCUGUCUCACAGGACUCUACUCCAUUGUGUCAGAACUCUUUAUUCAGGCAGUUUGGUUAUUUUCUGUGAUGUGUUAUAUUCUGGCUGGUUUUGUUCAGCCUGUUCUUUAUCUGCACCGCAUUGGAAAACUCUCCUGCACUUGUUCUUCAUAA